AUCAUAUAUUUCACCAUAAUGAAAUAGCAUUGAAGUCCUGCUGCUGCCACACAAGUUGUUAAAGGUUAUUAGGUCUAUUUGCUACUUUAGAAAUGAGCCAGUCCUAUAUAUUCAUUUUGAUGAUUGUCAUCCCAUUCAGUUUCUUGGCGUCAGCAACAGGGAACGAAUGUUUGUGUGAUCUGAAAAAUUUAGAUCCUGUAUUUCCUAAAGAUGAACUAACAAAAGUAGAGACCACCGCCUUGAAAUGUGUAAGGAGCAUCACUUCAGAAAAGAUGACAGACUUAGACAGACUUGUGUUGGGUCUACAACAACGUAUGAAGCAACUAGAAGACAAUGUGGUCGGGUUAGAAAAAGAAAACCGCAAUCUGUAUGCAGCCGUGUCUCUGCGUAUCAUUGAGUUAGAGUUUGCCGAAAUACAGGACCUCCUCAACAAACUCAACCAGACCACCAACGAUUACCAACUUCUCGGUGUGCAGGCUGCAGUUCAGCUUGAAGACAUGAAGGACACAAUGGUGAAGUUGGAGAAGUUUGACAAAAUGCAAGUGAUUAAAAAGAAUCGAGAGAACCAAAUGAAGAAGAACUUGGAACAGUGCAAAGAAGAGCUCAAGGCUUCAUCCCCACCUACUACAGUUUCCCCAGGCCGCUGUGGUCUGGGUCAAAUGGUCAAUGUGGCAGGACCUAGAACAUCUUCCCUUACAAAAUACAGCACCUCCUACCCUUAUGGUGCUUGGGGUCGAGAUGCAAACCCUGCUCCAGGAGACGAGAACAAGUACUGGCUGGUGGUGCUGACAACUAGUAACGUAUAUGGCUACUAUGUCCGCCAGUACAACACCUUGAGUACUCUUUUAUUAGGUUUAGGACCAAAAGAUACAUACAUAUCAAGCUACAAUCCUACAACAAACACAAUUCAGGGACCAAACAUGGUCAUGUAUGCCAAUGCUCUCUACUAUAACUGUUACAACACAUAUUAUGUCUGUCAGUUCAACUUGGCGACUCGUGCUGUCAGUACUGUGGCUUUACCCAGUGAUACAGGUUACAAUAACAAGUUUCCAUUCGCACACCUCGCCAACACAUACAGCUAUACUGAUAUGGAUUUUACCACUGAUGAAUCAGGCAUCUAUGUUAUUUAUGCAACCACAAGCAACUUCGGAAAUGUGAUUAUCACUAAAAUCGAGACUAGUGACCCACCAGUUUUCAAACAAACAUGGUUCACUUCUCUUCACAAAAAGACUGCCACAAACACCUUCAUGGUGUGCGGUGUGCUUUAUGCUACUCGUUACCUGGACAAAGAAACAGAACAGAUCUUUUACUCUUAUGACACCAAAACCAAAAAAGAACGAUAUGAUUUGAAAAUAAAUAUCAAUAAGGUGAAGACUAACAUUGAGUAUCUUAACUAUGACCCCAGAGAUCAUUUGCUGUAUGCUUACAGCGACGCCUACAUUGUAACUUAUGAGCUCGUCUUUCAGUAAAGCCGCAUUCACAUCAAGAAUGAUAACUAUAAAGAUAACAAUAUAAGCAUCCACACCAGCGAACGAUAUCAACUGUUUAUUCUAUGUGCACGAUCAUCUGCUACUUUAAAUUCUCAAGCUCGUUAUAGCAGGAUGGAUUCUGAUUGGCUGUCAAUGUAUUUAUCUUUCAUCAGCUGGAAAAAA